AUUAAAAGCCCUCACAUAAAUGAAGCAGCCAAGAGGUGUGCGGCAGCGGAACUAAUGAUUCACAGAAGGAGGGCAAAGAAGUUUUAUAAUGAACUUAAAAAAGAACGAGACUGCAAAACUGAACCACACGUUCUGUCCAUCUGUAUGGAUUAUAUGCAAAAUAUUCAAUUGCCACGAAUCCCAGUUCAAGAGACUUUCUAUAUGAGGCAGUUAACAGUCAAUGUUUGCUGCAUACAUAACAUAAAGGAACAUAGUGCUAUGUUAUACCUUUAUCAUGAGGGUACUGCCAACAAAGGCCCAAAUGAAGUGUGCUCACUUUUAACGGAUUAUUUGAACACGGUUCCUCCAGAAAUUAAGGAGAUAAGGAUUUUCUCUGACAACUGUUCUGGCCAAAACAAAAACCACUCACUGGCACGUUUGUUAUUGGCUUUAACACAAACUGGUCGAUUUAAUAAAAUAGAACAGUUCUUCCCCAUCAGGGGUCAUUCGUUUCUCCCCUGUGACCGAGAUUUUUCAAUGAUUAAAAGACAGCUGAGGAAACAUGACCGUUUAUAUUCCUUAAGAGAAAUCACUGAAUUAGUAAUCAAGAGCAGUAAUAAUAAUAAGUUUAUGGUGACACAUGUGAAAUCGGAACACAUAUUCGAUUACAAAAAUUGGUGGCCUCAAUAUUACAAAAAGUCUGUCGUUUCAGAAGAAACGCGCCCGAGAUCAGUUCCGAAAGAUGAUAAGCAACAGUUUGGCAUAAGUUCCUUCAUGCAUUUUUCUUUUAGUCAAGAAAUGCCUGGAACAAUUGUUGCACGAAAAUUUAUCAAUGGUAUGGUACUACAUACUUUUUGUUUGCGGCAAGCAAUGACGAACCCCGAAUUUCCACCAUGCAUUGCUUAUCCAGAAGGGAAGGUCCCCAUUAAAAAAAAGAAACUAGAUGACAUACGAAAACUUCUGCCCUAUAUUCCCGAGGAGCAUAAACAAUUUUACAUUGAUAUUUCUAACUGGCCAACAGCUGAAAACAUUGAUUUGGAAGUACAAGAUGAUUAACUGGAGAACAUUGAUUUGUAGGUACAAGAUGAUUAACUAACUGUAUAUAAUUUAA